AUGGCAGGCAUGUGGGUCACAAUUGAUGUGCAUGGCAUGUGGGCCACAAUUGAUGUGCAUGGCAUGUGGGUCAAAAUUGGCGCGUAUGGCAUGUGGGCCACAAUUGAUGUGCAUGGCAUGUGGGCCACAACUGAUGUGCAUGACAUGUGGGCCAAAAUUGACGCGCACGGCAUGUGGGUCACAAUUGACGCGCAUGGCAUGUGGGUCAAAAAUUGGCGCGUAUGGCAUGUGGGCCACAAUGAUGUGCAUGGCAUGUGGGUCACAAUUGAUGUGCGUGGCAUGUGGGUCCACAAUUGA